CAGUCAGCACACACUCGCCUCGGCUCUCAGAUCUCAUCCACCCGUCGGUGUGUAUGAGUCCCUGUGCAACACGCUGAGAAUCACUCCCUCACACACUACGUCCGUCAUUGGCUCCUUGGCUCUGACCGGAGAGGAGGAUUCUCCUGUAUGGCCUGUGACUCUCUGCUCUAACCGAAGACUACAACACAGAGCAGAGAGACAGGGAAGAGGAGAGGGAGAGAAACGCUACCCCCCUCAGAGAGAACAAAAAACAGCCUGUCGGUGUGGCAGCAGCAGCAGCAGCAGCAGAAGAAGCCUUUGUCUUGUCCAGCUUGGUCCACAUGCUCCCCCCGUAGAAAGAAGAGAACAGAAGAGAGGAGAGGAGCAGCUCUGAGCACUGACACAUUGACCUACUCUAGCAGGAAGAGAACAACAUUUGCUGUUUGCUGUGUUUCCCUGUGUGGAUUCAGAUUCAGUACUUGGACAGCUCCGGAGCGCUCCGCUCUCCAACACAUUCCUGUAGUAUAGUAUAUGUGAAGUCUCCCUCGUCGAGACCCCAUUCCCAGGGGCAGCCCUGGACCCCCAGCCCCAGCCCCCUUUGGCUCGCUCCCUGGCUCCCUGCGCCCCUCUCCCCCUGGGGACAGUGGACAGCAUGGCCAGCCUGGAGCACCAGUGGGAGAAGCAGCUCUUUGAGAAGUUCUGGAAGGGGACGUUUAAGGCUGUGGCCACACCGAGACCAGGGAGCAUCAUCGUGGCCAGCAUCACCGCACGGAGGAGGGUAAUCAGCACUGAGACAACAACAUGCCAGCCACUCAAGGCUGAUGGGAGGAAUGCCGAGGCAGCAGACACCAAGUUGGACACAACCACAGACAGAAAUGGAUGCAUUAGAGACAUGGGAAGACGCAAACAUGGCAGCUAUCAUCGGACGCGGAGUGUGUUGUUUGAUGACGAUCUUUCCCCUCGGCCCCACGCUUCCAAGGGGAAGAAGAAGAGGAGGAAAUCGGAGAGAAAGAGGAAGAGGGAAAGGUCUCCGUACUGCAGUCUGUCUCCGGUGAGGAAGAAGAAAAAGAAGAAGAGCUCUAAGAAAAGCAAGAGCUCUAAGAAAAGCAAACGCCACAGGUACAACUCUAAAAAGACAAAGCACAGCUCUUCUAGUUUGAAACAUAAGAGGAAGGAUGAUCGAAAACACAAGAAAAGUUCACGGAGGCACAUGCACCGGAGACGACGCGACCGGAGGUCGGAGUCUGAGAGUUCCACCUGGCGCUCCUCCAGCACCGAGAGCAGACGUCAUCUGCACAAAUCAGUGGAUCACCCUGCAUUGGGAGGCCUAGCAGCCCUGAUGGAGGACCCUGGUACAUCACUGGACCACGGAGGGUUUGAGUGGGAGCCGGCCGCCAAGUCAGUGUGUAAAACAACUCCAAUCUUUCGCUCCGUCCUUUCUACCAGCACCGUCUUACAGUCAAAACCUGGAGGUGAGGUUUUAAACACAACAGUGAUUCUCCGUCACACUUUGUCCAAUCAGAGCAAAGGACCACAGGAUUACGAUUCCGGGAACGACACGUCUUCCCCACCAUCGACCAAAACCGGCAUUUCACAGUCAAACGUCACCGGCGAACAAAAGGUCCUAUGCCGUGCGCCGGCUUCACCAGAGAAACUGAGGUUCAGGGACGGAGACAACGCGUCCGACUCUGGGAACUCUGUGACCAGCUACACUUCCCUGUGUAAACCUCUGCAUGUGGAAGGUGGCUUGACUACUGCUACUUUCAACAAGAAUGGCAAGAGUGACCCGGUGAAGACUUUAGGAUGUGGGGCCAAGGUGGGGAGACCUCAGAAGACUGCCUCCAUCUCUCCGUUGAGGACGGUGGCCUCUUCACGCAAGAGGACUAAAACCAUCUCCUCCAGCAGCAGCAGCAGAAGCAGGAGUAGGUCCUCUGGGAGCUCCAGACACUCUGGACGCUACUCUCGAAGCCGAUCACUGUCAUCUGCCAGGUCAUACUCCCGUUCACCGAGCUACUCAGCUGGUUUGAGAAGGAAAGGAGGUGGUAGAUCCAGAGGAAGAUACUCCAGGAACAGUGAAGACAGGGUCCGAGAGAGGAAGAGGGACCCCAGCUCCUGUGAGAAGGAUGUGAAACACAGCAGUCGGAAGCAUAGCGGGAAGAGGCAAAAACCCAGGUCCUACUCUCCCAUGAGAAAAAGGAGGAGAGAUUCACCCAGUCACCUGGAAGCCAGGAGGAUAACCAGUGCCAGGAAGAGACCCAUCCCCUACUUCCGUCCCAGUCCUUCGUCCAGCAGUCGCUCUACCAGCGUAUCCUCUUGGAGCAGCCUCUUCACAAGGAGUCGCAGCCCCAGCCCCAGCCCUGGCUUCUGCCUCAGCCGAUCCAGGAGUAGAGGCCGAGGAAGAAGUAGGAGUUACUCCUCCUACAGGAGCUACAGUCGCAGCUCGUCUUGGAACUCCAUCUUUGGGAGUCGAAGCCGGAGUCGGAGCUAUGACUCAUUGGAUGGUUACAGCAAGAACAAGAACCGUCGCUGAGUUAUAAAACAGACUGAGGAAGAGGAGACUGACUUAUCAACAGACUGAGGAAGAGGAGACUGACUUAUCAACAGACUGAGUUAGCAACAGACUCAGUUAUCAACAGACUGAGGAGGAGACUGCACUAUGAUUCCCCAAGUCAACAGGAGAACAGCGAAAGUAUGGGGACAUGUUUUCCUCUCUUUGCAUCAUUCCAUGUUAGAUUUCUGGGCCAGAACCUUAAAGCAAUUGUUUUUACCAUACAUUGAAUUGCUUGGCAGAUGAAUUACCAUUUGAAUUGUAGCAGUGCUGUUCACAUUACCCAGACAGAAACCACUGGAAAUAGAUUGAUUGAAUUUUGUCUUUCGUUCAUUUUUGUCCAUCCCCAGUGGAUUUGUAAUGUCCAGAGACAGUUUGGUCCAUUCCCAGUGGAUUUGUAAUGUCCAGAGACAGUUUGGUCCAUCCCCAGUGGAUUUGUAAUGUCCAGAGACAGUUUGGUCCAUCCCUAGUGGAUUUGUAAUGUCCAGAGACAGUUUGGUCCAUCCCUAGUGGAUUUGUAAUGUCCAGAGACAGUUUGGUCCAUCCCCAGUGGAUUUGUAAUGUCCAGAGACAGUUUGGUCCAUCCCCAGUGGAGUUGUAAUGUCCAGAGACAGUUUGGUCCAUCACCAGUGGAUUUGUAAUGUCCAGAGACAGUUUGGUCCAUCCCCAGUGGAUUUGUAAUGUCCAGAGACAGUUUGGUCCAUCCCCAGUGGAGUUGUAAUGUCCAGAGACAGUUUGGUCCAUCCCCAGUGGAUUUGUAAUGUCCAGAGACAGUUUGGUCCAUCCCCAGUGGAUUUGUAAUGUCCAGAGACAGUUUGGUCCAUCCCCAGUGGAGUUGUAAUGUCCAGAUACAGUUUUGUCUUGUGACACUCUUCCUCUGACGUCCAUAAGUGAAAUGAAGGAUGAAGGAGCACCGUUCAUUUUUACCCUCUGAUCAACUCUUCAUUUCAUAACAACUCUUACGUUUAAUUUAUGAUCUGGGAUGUGCACUAGAAAGGUCUUUCGGGACAAUUUCAGUAGGUUUGUGAAUGUGUGUAUUUUCAAACGGCGUGUUUUUCAGGAAGAGUAGGAAAAGUGUGUUGCUUCUCUGAUCCCAGCUCUUCAGAGGGUAGAACACAAACAUUCCUCCUCUGAGAAAUGGAGGAGGAGGAGGAGGUAAGAGGAGGUAGGAGGAGGUGGUCCCGGUGGAAAACAAACUGCUUGUCAGCUCAAAUGCCAGUUUUAUUUAUCCUCUGAUCAAGUGGAAACUAUUUGAAAUGUCAUUCCUUGUAAAAUGAUGGUGAAUUAACAUAUCACUCUGCAGAAGGCCAAGACUGAGAAAUGGGUUUGUCAUGAUCCAGAAAUCCUGAAAAUGCCCAGGAAAGCAUUAUUUUCCCUAACAACCCCAAAUGACACUGAACAAUUUGGAUAUCUAAAUUGCAACACCUGGGUUAGGGGUUAAAUGACCAUUUAAACACUGAUUAAUAUGUAGGUUGUCAUAUUUUUUUCAUUCAUCUUGGUGGUUAUCUACUCAUGUAUUUAUUUGUGGUUGAUCUUUAUGUGUUCUAUGUGUUUUAUGUGUUCUAUGCGUUCUAUGAGUUCUAUGUGUUCUAUGAGUUAUAUGAGUUCAACAAGUUCUAUGGGUUCUAUGGGUUCUAUGUGUUCUAUGAGUUCUAUGUGUUCUAUGAGUUCUAUUCCUUUGACUAAAACUUGAAUAAGAGACAGUGUUGAAAUGUUUUACUUUUUCUUUUGACAGAGAGGAAAUUCAACAUUGGAUGAAUCUACUAUUUUGUAUAACGGUCUGAAAUAGCACUGUAACAUAAUUUGCUUGAAUUGAAUGAGUUUGGUAUUUCAGAACCUCAUCGUUCUUGUUUUGUUGUCUGUCCGAAGGACAAUAUAAAAAAAAAUGUUUGUGUCAUGCAUACUUGUAACGUUGUUUACAAUCAUAUUUCUGCAUUUGUGUCACCUCUCAGUAAUGGUAUCUGUUUGUUUCUAUGCAACACCAUUAUGCCACUGGGGUUCUACUAUGUCUAUGAUGUAAUGUUAGGGUCUGAAUGAAGAAAGUUCCAGUUUAAACUCUACAAUGGACAGUCUGAAUGCCAGUCUGUUUGUGCUUUCACGCCAACUCAAUGUCACCCAAUGAAAGUAAUGGAGUUGGCAAGAGACCAAACCGAUCUGGGACCAGGCUACAAUAAACAAUGUAAUGGCAUAUAGAUUCAGACAAUACUACUUCACUUGUUUUGAAAUGUUACUUUCAACUAUUCCCCUCUUCUCUUUUGAGGGGAAUGCUAUUUUCUUCAGGGGAUGUCCUAUAAAAAGCCACAACCGAGACUACAGAAAAAAGAAAGAGGAAACUAAAAGCUUGUGUGUCAGAGAAGACAACCCCAACCAUGACUUUUAGCCUCAAUGAAUAGUCUACUGCAUUUGUUAAAUGAUAUAUUAUGUGGGCUCGUAGUGCACUGUUUGAAUAACAUUAGUAUCUAGAACCGCUGCUCCUGCCCGUACUGUAUAUCAUUGGAAUGGUUUUAUUUCUGCAUUAUGUCUAAUCUGUCACCUUGUAUAUCUUCGUUCAGUAUGUGCGCCAGGCAAGAGGGUCUGUUCUCUAUGCAUUGUACUGUAUAAUCAUCUGAGGUCCUUUAUCUGAAUGUUCAACGACUUGUCCGAAAGUAUAGAGAUAUUGGGAGGAAGAUGACAAGUAUUUUACAUAGUAAUUAUGCUUUUGAGGUGAACCACUCUCCCUCGUGGCCCUAAUAUACCAUUCCAUGAGGUAAAGUGUAAACUGUGAAAUGUAUAUGAAUAUGUAAUUACUGUGGUGUAAAUAUGCAUUGGCACUGUAUACAUGUAUUACAUGAGGGAUGAAGUAUAAUUCAUUUAGAAUUUGUGGAAUAGUCAAUCAAAUGAUCAAUGCAUCUACACAUGUAUUGGUAUGGUAAAAUUUCUCACAUGUACUGUGUGUAGAUACAUUGCCUCACUGUUGUCAACUCAGCUCUAAGCUCUUUGAUUUUACAUCACAUUAUAUGAUGUGUUUCUAUAAUGGCCACUGAACUAGUUCUGAAAGAUAAGUAAUAGAGUAUCAAGGCACAAGGCGAGACCCAGACACAGACACAGGAGGAAGAUGGUUGGAGUCUUACAAUGUGUAUUAAUCCAAAAAGAGUAGGCAAGAGAAUGGUCGUGGACAGG